GGUGCCUCUGAUCUCGGGAGGGCGAGGGGCAGCGGGUGCCGUGAGCCUGGUCUGUGGGGCUCGUAGGCUCCGCAGCGGGGUGAGGGAUUGCAUUCUGUGCUCUCACAAGUGCACGGGUGGAAUGUUUGAACUGCUAAUCUGGGGCCAACUGUUUAAAGAAUGGUUACAAUGAUCUUGUUAGUGAGACUUUUCUAACUUCGUUUGUUCCAACUCCCUGCAAGAGAUUGUUCAUGAACUGGCUCGAUAAAAUUGUCAGGCUUGGGAGCUGAGCACAUGGGAGGUACUCCAGAGAGGAAGAAAGUGUAGUUGUCCCGAGUGUCUCUGCAUGAACUGCCAUGCUGCAGUUAACUGUUUGUUCUGGGCACUAGUUGAGAUAGUGCCAGUGCUGUAACAAACCACAGUGUCCUGAAAGUAUUUGUAGAACAGAUUUACCUCUCCUGGGGACAGAAUGAGUUUUAAACAGCAGAACUGUCCCAGGCUAAGUAGAGCCCUUGAUAAGGUGAAAUGUACUGCAGGCUUUGCCUUUCUAGGCAGUACUCUGAGAUUCGUUUAUGGAUCUUGGUUAGGAAUGUAAUUUCAUGCUAUAUAAGGCCAAUAUCAACUGUCAUGUUUUGUUGUGCAUAGUUUAAAGGAUGAAGGAUAAGUGUGCUAUCUGUUAAAGCAGUCUUCUAAAUGCAUAACAUUUCAGCUCAGUUCAGUAGGUUAGCUGUGAAUUUUCUCCUUUACCUUAAUUUUAGUUCUGUAAUUCCCCUGUUCCUCUGUCUCCUGAGUCUGAAGGAGAGAGCUGAUGUUGUUGUUGACUGAAUCAAUUGUCCAGCUGCUGCCUGACUUGGGAGUUUAAUAGGAAGGGUUUUGCUGCUCUUUUUAAAACAGCUAUCUACAAAUGAUUGUUUCUAUAUACUCUGAAACCACUGAGAAGCAACAUAAUGCAGCAUUUGCAUCAAUUACACUGCUGUUAGUUAAGGAACAUCUUGUGUGUGCUUAGAAGCAUACUUACAUAAAAAUCUAUGUGGUCAGAGAGGAUGAUUAUUCCUUAGUUAGCAUUACAAAAAUGGAGUCUUGUUCUCUUGGUCCAGAGUGUGUUGUCAACCAGCAGGCCACUGGACAUGUUCUGUGUGCAUAAUAAACCCGAGCAAAAUUCUGUGUUCAUGAGCUUCCACAAACAGGAUGUCGCUCUUAAAACUGUCUCUCAAACGAAAGUCUCAAAACCUUCUCUUCACAGUUCGUCUCUCUGAUUUGGAAGGAACGGGACACAUCCUCAUCAGAUAACUUUUAUAUCUAGGCUGAGAACAACAACUUCUUCCUCUUGCAUGUGCAGUCUGUCCACAUUUUUAAACAGCUGCCUGCACUGACAGAUGACAAACAGCCUCCUAAAGUGAAACCAACUUAUCCUGGAGUUGGGCAUUUUGUUCUGAAUGGAGAGGGGAUGGGAAGAAAAUGUCUACAUCUUGGAAACCUUCUGUAAAAGAAAACGAUUAAUUUUUUUUUAUAGUGGACACCUCUGAGAUUUUCUCCUCUCAGUCCCAAAUUAGUUGUAACUCUGAGUUAAGCAAAGGGGAGUAAGUACAGAACACAGGAAAGUCUUGUCAUAAGUUGCUUUUCAUGAUAUAAUGCUUACUCAUUCUUUACUGGCAAUGUGGCAACAAGGAAGUAAAUUAAAAUGAGUUUAUACCUGUUAUAUCACUGAAAAGCUAAAAUCUGAUAUUCAGUGCAAACACGUGCAAACAAUGGAUUUAGAACAAGAAAAGCUCUUGUUCCCUCUAGCAGCGGGAGGGAGACUUAUGAGUUAAUCUUGACGGUCUUCCAGGUAAUGCAGUUGCACAUCCAGUGCUACAAUUGCCAGGAUAUAUCACACUUUAGAGUCCUGGCUCUCACUUGCCAGGUGACAGCUUUAGCAAGACAAGUAUGGGUUUCUGACCUUUGCUUCCAGCUACUUUGCUGAUACAAAAGCAAAGAGGUGACCAUGGAUAGAGAACCAAGUAUUUUGAACAUACUCAAAGAUCUCAGAUUUAGGAAGAUGUAAACUCUUGUUUCAUUGUAACUUUGUUUUCCUGUCAAGCUUAGGGCUCACUAUGCCUUUGCUCAAAGCACCAUAGGACCUGGCAUGCUCACCCUGAGGGCUUGCACCCCGAGAGGCAGUGAGGAGGGGCAAGUGCUGGUACAUCCUAACUUUAAAAUACAAAUGUAAAGGUGUGUUUGGCUGACACAUUACAGUUAGUGGGAUGGCACACAGUAUGUUCACACAGCUUCCUUGUUCAGUAUUUCAGUGAUCUAUACCACCUUGCAAUUCUUGUUUGGUUUUGCAGCGCUUAUCUUUUCAGGAUUGUAAUAUUGCAUCUGGGGUUACAGCAUAUGCACUGCCUGUGCUAUAGGAUCAGAUGGACUUGCUACAAUAACCAGAAACUGUUCCUUUGCUUGUAUGAAAUUUCAGUUUCAUGGCAGAGGCCAUGAUGGACUUUUUUUUUUCUUUCCCAAAUUGAUUACAGUCCAUUUUCAAAUUAGUGGUUUAACUGCAACAAAAGGUUUGGUAUUAUAAUUAUUGCCCUGAAGACUCAUCCAAGCAUAUAAAUAAAUUCUACCUUCUGUGAUUGUUACUGAUGCCUUUCCUUAUCUCGUAGCUUCCCACCUAGUGAAAGAUGUCAGCAAUAGGAGUAGUGUCUUCCUGUUCCUGUUUCCAUCCUGGUGUAUGGCUGCUGAAAUCAGGGAUACAGAAGAUGAGCUCCUUUGGCUUACAUACAGCAGCCAGGUGUGCUGCCAAGGAUUACUAUGAAGUACUGGUGUUGGGUGGAGGUGCUGGUGGAAUUGCCAUGAGUGCUCGGAUGAAGAGGAAAGUGGGAGCAGGAAAUGUGGCUGUUGUUGAGCCAAGUAAGACUCAUUACUAUCAGCCGCUGUGGACCCUGGUUGGUGGUGGUGCAAAGCAGCUGGCGGCUUCUGCACGUCCAACGGGAAGUGUAAUGCCCAAAGGUGUGGAGUGGAUCAAAUCUCGAGUUACAGCACUGGAUCCAGAUAAGAACUGUGUCUGGCUGGAGAAUGAUAUCAAGGUAUCUUACAAGUAUCUGAUAAUUGCCCUUGGAAUUAGUCUGCAUUAUGAAAAGAUCAAAGGCUUGCCUGAGGGUUUUGAUCACCCUAAAAUAGGUUCCAAUUAUUCAAUUCACACAGUAGAGAAAACAUGGAAAGCUAUACAAGACUUUAAGGAAGGAAAUGCAAUCUUCACUUUCCCAAAUACUCCAGUGAAGUGUGCAGGGGCUCCUCAGAAGAUCAUGUAUUUAUCAGAUGCAUACUGGAGGAAAACAGGAAAACGUUCCAAAGCAAAUAUCAUGUUCAACACUUCACUUGGUGCAAUUUUUGCUGUUAAGAAGUAUGCUGAUGCAUUGCUUGAAGUAAUAAAGGAGAGGAAAAUUGCUGUGAACUACAAGCGUAACCUUGUGGAAGUUCGAGCAGACAGGCAAGAGGCCGUGUUUGAAAACUUGGAUAAACCUGGAGAGACUGAAGUUCAUCAGUAUGGAAUGCUUCAUGUCACACCCCCCAUGGGGCCACCUCCUGUACUCAUCAACAGUCCUGUCUCAGAUGCAACUGGCUGGGUGGAUGUAGAUAAGGAAACUCUACAACAUAAAAAGUAUCCUAAUGUCUUUGGCAUUGGAGACUGCACCAACCUUCCAACAUCAAAAACUGCUGCAGCUGUAGCUGCCCAGUCUGGAGUCCUUGAUAAAACUAUUUCUCUGGUAAUGAAGAAUCAGUUGCCAGCUAAAAAGUAUGAUGGAUAUACUUCCUGCCCGCUUGUAACAGGCUACAACAAGGUGAUUCUAGCAGAGUUUGACUACAAUGCUCAGCCUCUGGAGACCUUUCCCAUUGACCAGAGUAAGGAGAGAGUAACCAUGUACCAUAUGAAAGCUGAUAUGAUGCCUUUGCUCUACUGGAAUGCACUACUUAAGGGAUACUGGGGAGGACCAGCUCCCUUCAGGAAGCUGAUGCAUCUGGGCUUGAAGUAACUGCUCGUUCUCGGUGUCGGUCAAACCCUUUUGAAGAAAAUGGACUGGUCUCACACUGAUCAGUAUCUUCCCUCUUGGAAUACCUAAUAGAUCAACAUGUACACUGGAUUUAAGAGUGAUUCAAUGCUAGUAAAAUGGCCUGAAAGUC